AUGAUUAAGAACAAUUUGGCACCAGGAAGAGACGGAAUAGAAUAUAGUAUGCUGAAGGAUUUAACUGAAGAGAUGGAGGAGGUGAUGCUAGAAAUAUGUAAUGAAGUAUGGACAACGGACUGGUUCCCGGAAGACUGGAGGAAAUAUCAGACGAUGUUCAUUGACAAAGCUGGAAAAGAAAAAGUCAGGCCAAUUGCACUGUCAUCCUGUGUAGGAAAAGUUAUGGAAAGGAUGGUGAACGAGCGAAUGGUCUGGUGGGCGGAACGAAUUAACAAGCUAGCGAGAGACCAGAAUGGAUUUAGGAGAGGCAGGUCAUGCGCAGAAAAUUUGGUCAGAGACACGGAAUUUAUUAUUAAUGGUCAGGAAUCAGAAUAUAGAAGAGUAUAUAAAGGAUUACCUCAGGGAGCUGUACUUAGUCCAUUAUUGUAUGCGCUUUACACAUAUAAUGUAACUAACAAAGAACAGAUAGAAUACGAAUCAGUGCAAUUUGCAGAUGAUAUAGCAGCAUAUGACAAAGGUCAUAAUAGGGAUAAUAAUAAACGAAUAUUGGAAAAGGCUGUGAAUAGUAUUAGCGAACAACUUACAGAGUUAGGACUUCAAUUAGAACCAAAGAAAACAGUACAAGAAGUAAAAGGUAAAGUUAGUAAAGCAAAUUCGUUAAUGGUAUACUUGAAUAAGAAAUCGAAAGAUUUAAGUAUAGAAUAUUAUCGGAAGAAAAAAGGAGUGACGGAUGCUCAAUUAUUGGAGAAAAUUAAAACAACUCAUGGUAUGGACGAAGGAUUUACGGUAAUCUAUACAGAUGGAUUCAAGAAAAGAAGGGGCAAAUUAUUAGGCGCUAGUGUGGUAAUAGAAGAACAAGAAGUGGCAUAUAAUAUUAGCAUAUCGAAGAAUUGUUCUACUUUCACCGCAGAAGCCAUAGCAAUAAAAGCAGUUUUAGAAAUUAUGGAGAAUAAAGCGGACAGCAGACCAAGGGAUAUAGCAGUUUUAACAGAUGCCAGAGCAGUAUUACAAGCAAUACGUAAUAACCAUUUAAGUGUAUACAAAAACAGGUAUAUCAAUGAAAUAAGAGAAAGACACUUUAGACUCUGCAAAGAAAAAAAGAAGAAGAUAGUCUACGUGUGGAUUCCAUCACACGUAGGGAUAAGUGGCAAUGAGAUGGCGGACAAAUUGGCAAAGGAGGCGGCAGAAGAGGAAGCAGAUGACCAUAUAGAAGUAUCAUUUCUAGAUUUCCGACAGAAAUUCAGAAAGGAAAUUUGGAAUAAAACACAAGAUUUCUUAGUUAAAGAUGCCAGAUUUAAAGGAAUCUAUUAUUUUAAAAACUUCUACAACAGAAAAAAGAAGAAGCCAUGGUUCCAUGGAAAGAAUGAAGAAAAAUACUUUAUAACGUUGAUUAACCGACUGAGGAGUAAUCACUACAACGUCAACGAGUCACUAGCAAGAAAGGGGUACAUAGAUGACGCCAGAUGCGAAUGUGGCAACCAGAGAGAAACCUGA